AUGCGGCUACAGGAGCCCGGUAUACGUGAGCUUCGCGAAGCUAUACCAACUCACUGCUUUCAACCAUCCUAUGUGAGAUCGUUCUCAUACCUUGCUCGAGACCUUUUAAUUAUCGCUACACUCGCACUUGCUGCGCUGCAAUAUAUCCCGGUCAUCGCCAAUCCUUGGCACCGGGCAUUGGCCUGGACCCUUUACGGCUUUCUCCAGGGAUUGUGUGGAACAGGCUUAUUCGUGCUAGGGCACGAGUGUGGUCAUGGUGCGUUCUCACCAUCUCCGCGUGCCAAUGAUGCCGUUGGAUGGGUAGUUCAUUCUGCCCUCUUCACGCCAUUCUUUACCUGGAGGUCUCUUCAUAAGCAGCAUCACUUGUACACCAACAAUCUACAAAAGGACUACAACUACAUCCCUUUACACAGAGAAACAUUUGCGGCAAAUCUGGGAAUCUGCCCUGAAGCGAUAGAGGAGCUUACGGCCGACGCGCCAAUCGUCACUCUUUUCCGCAUCAUCGUCCACCAGACUUUCGGAUGGCUCGUAUACAUGACCGGAUGUCUGCGGCUCACGUUACGAAACAUGGGCCGCCCUCGGAGAACCUGGCGAUGGUGGAGAGAAAAUGCAGUCCGGGCAUUGCUGGCGCUGCACAGUCAUUGGGAUAUAUGGACGAUUGUAGCUUCGGAUAUUGGCCUGGGCUUGACAACCUCUGGCCUAUGGUACUUGGCGAAGAGUGUCGGGUUUUCGACUAUGUUUUUCCUGUACAUUGUGCCAUGUCUUUGGGUGAACCAUUGGUACAUUGCAAUCACUUACCUUCACCACAUUCACCCGGAUGUACCGAAAUAUGACCAGUCGGACUGGACCUUCCUCAAAGGUUCACUUGGGACAGUGGAUCGGGAUUUUGGUGUUAUUGGAAGAUUCUUCUUCCACAACAUCAUUGACUACCAUGUUGUCCAUCAUUUGUUCCCGCAAAUACCAUUCUACCAUGCCAAAGAAGCGACAGAUGCUAUCAUCCCGCUCAUUGGGGAUAACUAUAUUAAUGAUAGAGAGAAUUCUUAUCUUGGGGGUCUAUGGCAGGCAUUCACUGAUUGCGAGUGGAUAGAGCCUGCUCAGGGGGGCCAGGCUUUGCGUUACAAGAGACGACCUGUGAUGCACAGGAAAACAUGA